AUGGUCAUCAAGGUCUACAUCGCCUCCUCCUCCGGCUCCACAGCGUCCUCCUCUCCCUCUUUUGUGACAAUUAAAAAGCAGCAACAAGAUGUGUUAGGCUUCUUGGAAGCCAACAAGAUUGAAUUUGAGGAAAAGGAUAUCGCUGCCAACGAGGAGAAUCGGAAAUGGAUGCGGGAGAACGUCCCUGAGGACAGCCGGCCAGCGAGCGGCAACCCCCUGCCGCCCCGGCUCUUCAACGACAGCCGCUACCUGGGGGACUACGAAGCGUUCUUCGAAGCCCGAGAGAACAAUGCAGUAUAUGCCUUUCUAGGCUUGACUGCUCCACCUGGUUCCAAGGAGGCUGAAGCGCUGGCGAAGCAACAAGCGUGAACCCCAACUGCCUUAACUGUUCUGUAAAGGGAAUCUCCACAGCUUUUUAUAAGAUAGUACAAUUGUCUCUGCUUC